GCCUCCCAUUCUAGUAAGCCGUGGAGCGGGAGGCUGAGUGAGGGGGAGCUGCCCGGGUCCUGAGCGCUGCUGCCGGUCUGCUGUUCCGUGUUUGGGGGAGAUAAUGUCGGCCAGGCCGGGGUUUUAUCGGCAGGAGCUGAAUAAGACCGUAUGGGAGGUGCCGGAGAGAUACCAGAACCUGACGCCGGUGGGCUCGGGGGCGUACGGCUCCGUCUGCUCAGCAUAUGAUGUGCGACUCCGGCAGAAGGUGGCGGUUAAGAAGCUCUCGCGGCCGUUCCAGUCUCUUAUCCACAGCAGGCGCUCCUAUAGAGAACUACGACUGCUUAAACAUAUGAAACAUGAGAAUGUUAUUGGGCUGCUAGAUGUUUUCUCUCCUGCAGCGUCUCUUGAAGAAUUCAAUGAGGUCUACCUUGUCACUAAUCUGAUGGGAGCAGAUCUUAAUAACAUAGUGAAGUUUCAGCGCCUUUCAGAUGAACAUGUGCAGUUCCUCAUUUAUCAGCUGCUCAGAGGCCUUAAGUAUAUUCAUUCAGCUGGACUGAUACACAGAGAUCUAAAACCAAGCAAUGUAGCUGUGAAUGAAGAUUGUGAACUCAGGAUCCUGGACUUUGGAUUAGCCAGACAGACAGAUGAUGAGAUGACGGGGUAUGUAGCGACUCGCUGGUACAGAGCACCUGAAAUUAUGCUGAACUGGAUGCACUACAAUCAAACAGUGGAUAUCUGGUCUGUGGGGUGCAUUAUGGGUGAGCUUCUCAAAGGAAAGGUCUUGUUUCCAGGCAACGACUAUAUAGAUCAGCUGAAGAGAAUUAUGGAAGUGGUCGGCACCCCAACUCCUGAUCUACUAAAGAAGAUCUCUUCAGAGCAUGCCCAGAAGUAUAUCCAGUCUCUUCCCUACAUGCCCCAGCAGGAUCUGGGGAAAAUAUUCAGAGGAGCUAAUCCAAUGGCGGUGGAUCUGUUGAAGAAAAUGCUGGUGUUGGACUGUGACAGGAGGAUCUCUGCUAGUGAGGCUCUUUGCCACCCAUAUUUCUCCCAGUACCACGAUCCUGAAGAUGAGCCAGAGGCACCACUGUAUGACCAAACUCCAGAGAGCAAAGACUGUACACUCGAAGAGUGGAAGGACCUGGUGUUUGAGGAAGUGAACAGUUUCAAAGCACCUGUCAGCAAAACAGACAGCCUCCAGGCCGAACAGUAAACCACACGAUAUUCAUCACUUCGAUUCUCAGUCUGACUCAAACCUCACCUACCCUGGAAAGUGUUAGACUGAACACUAAGGAACUGAAGACUGAAGAACUGAAGAUUGACUGUCAGACAGCCAGAGGUUAUAAAGAUGCAUUCCCGUGGCAUGAUGCCUUUCUUUACUAUGUGUGUGUGUGUGUGUGUGCCCGUGGGCGUGUGUGCGUGUGUGUGUGCGUGCAUACCUGCUUGAUUUCCUGAAUGGUCGCAUGUGUCUAGUUUGAAGAACACAUCACAGACACAUUAUAUGCACAACUGAUAUAAUACAGGGAGCAUGCUGUUGUGCAUAUGCAUAUUCCUUUUGUGAGCGGGAUGACAGGAAGGAUACGGGUGUCAGUCAAAAUUGGAGAGCAGAGGGUGACCCUUUUCAGUAAAACAUGUUUAAGGAACAGGAAUGACUGGGAUGUACCGGAGGAAGACAAAAAACAGAAACACCAAGUAAAUACAAUAUGUACAGAAACUGUAUAUUAAACAUUAUGCUAAGAUCAAAAACUGGAAUGACAAAACUGUUCCCAACAGCACUUGAAUCUUUUGUGUGUAAGAGAGCGAAGAAGGUCAAGAUUCACUCUCACCUUAGAGCUGACAAAAUUCACAGGUGUUUCUGUCCACUGUGAGAGUGUGUUCUCUGAACUCUAUUCCAUCUAGAAAGUGUUCUUAAACAUUAAUAGCAUAGUAUUCUGAAGGCAAAAGUAUUGAUUUCAGUGUUUUACUUUGUGUUUCUGUUAUUUUUCAGCUUCCUUCAUUAACCUUUUUCAGAAUUCAUAUAUACAGUACAUGCAGCAUGUCUAAAUGUAUAGCUUUCCCGUAUUUAAAACAAUCAAUCAUUUAUUAAUCGUAAUAUCUCUUACAUACCUCGGACACUUUGUGUGCAUUUAAACAUGAAUGAUCAGAUUUCAACUGAAAUAUAUGUUGUAUGUUGUCUGAAGAAGCGGUUCUUCCUUUGACUUGAUGAACAAGAGUUUAAAGGCAUGCAGAGAGAGUGCCUGUUUAUACAAUGCAGAAUGAGAUCCUGCUGUUUACUUUUUAAUGCUUCACCACUGGAUAAAACAGGAUGAUUAUGUAUUAACGGAGAACAUACACUGCACUAACCCAGUGCCUGUAAUGCAGUUGUUUUAUUAGGCCCACUAACUAAUAAAUAAUGUCCAAGCAACGUGGCCCUUGCCAGUUCCAAUGAUCUUAAAUAUGAAAGAAUGAAAUAUUUGAUACCAUAAGUCAGUUUUGACAUUGCGUUUUUUAAGUGAUUGUAGAGCAGAUACUGAAGAGGGGAUUUUACAGUCCAACUCCUUUUUAAAUAUUGUAAUUGUUUGUUCAGUGUUUGUAUUCUCUGCAGAAAAAUGAAGAAUGUUUUACCUCAAAGGGUAUUUAACUUACGCUGAAUGUCUUUGAUGUUUGUGAAGUAUGUUUUGUAUUUCAGAAUUCAUGACUGGAUUUAUUAUUUUUCACUAGAUUCAGGAUCGGUUGGGUAGAAUAGUACUGUUUGUAUUUUUACUUUUUUUGAAUUGUCUGAAAUGUCUGAUGGAUGUGUGCCCUGCGACUGAAUUAAAGAUCUUCAGCUGUA